CUUCGCCCGUUGGGACGUUACGUUAGCCGGCACGUUAUCACUUCAGACUGCUGCUUCCUCAUUCUCCCUCGCUUUCUCUCUCGUUCUUCAUCUCUCUGCGCGCCCGUCUCUGCGCGCCAACGAUGGCUGCCUCAUCAUAUGUCACUCUACCCAAUGUUGCCUCCUCCUCCCCAUCAUCUUCCUCUUCUUCCAACAAGCUAUCAUCUUCAAUUUUGGGGACCGUUUCCCUGAAGAAGAUGUCCGUCACUCACCACUUCCUGCAGAAUCAGCCACUCUAUCUCACCUCCAGAACUCUUACCAUCAAAGCCAUGGCUCCUCCGAAGCCCGCUGGAAAGGCUAAAAAGGUGGUUGGAAUAGUGAAGCUUGCUCUGGAUGCCGGAAAGGCCACUCCGGCGCCGCCCGUCGGCCCUGCUCUUGGGUCUAAAGGUGUAAAUAUCAUGGCGUUUUGCAAGGAGUACAAUGCCAAGACGGCCGAGAAGGCUGGAUACGUGAUUCCGGUGGAAAUAACGGUCUAUGAUGACAAGAGCUUUACCUUUAUUCUCAAGACUCCCCCUGCUUCGGUUCUUCUGCUUAAAGCUGCAGGUGUGGAAAAGGGUUCAAAGGACCCAAAGACUGAGAAAGUGGGGAAGGUAACCAUUGACCAAGUACGGGCCAUAGCAACAGAGAAGUUGCCAGACCUGAACUGUUCAAGUAUCGAAUCUGCCAUAAGGAUUAUUGCUGGCACUGCUGCGAAUAUGGGCAUCGAUAUUGACCCUCCUGUUCUUGAACCCAAAAAGAAGGCAGUUCUGUGAUCUUUUUUCCUUUUCUUUUUAAAUUUUUGUUAAUUUGCACUGUAUUUUUUCAUAUUUUUUAAAAUGGUAACUCCUGGUUUUUGCAUUUCUGCGAUUGUAGCGUCGGACCAGCCUUGACAAGCCUAAAAUGUACCAUUUGUUUCUUAGAUGAUGUUGCUAGGUCUAUUCCUCCAUUUAAAAUCCCCUUUCCGUUCUACCAUGGAUGCACUUGUAGUAGAUUAGUGUGUUUUUGUAACCAAUACAUUAUAAAAGAUUUGAAUAUCCAUCGAUAUCAUCUAUCUCUUAAGUAUCAUACCAAA